UCACACCAACGGGCAUCCUUACUUCAAGCGCUCCGACAAUUUCCGCGUAUUUCCGACAACGCACUGUUGAACCACCUCCAUCUUCUAUCCCUGCCUUGUGAGUGCUAUUGUUUGUAAAACAAGCGCGCCGAAGACUGAGACGAAACUGAAAUGGACGGUGAUGUUGCAGUUGGUGUGAAGAGGGGCUCGGAUGAGCUGUUGUCAAGCAGCCUCUACAACAGUCCCAACUCUGGCAUGAGCAGUAUCAGUGACGGGACGUCCAACGGCAGCGACAGCAAGAAGCCGCGAGUGGAGGAGGCCCCGCCCUCGCGCGUCCUCCACAUCCGCAAGCUGCCCAACGAGGCGUCCGAGACGGAGGUCAUCGCCCUGGGGCUGCCCUUCGGGAAGGUCACCAACAUCCUCACGCUGAAGGGCAAGAACCAGGCCUUCCUGGAGAUGGAGACGGAGGAGGCGGCCAUGACCAUGGUCAACUACUACCUGACCGUGACCCCCAACGUGCGCAACGUGCCCGUGUUCAUCCAGUACUCCAAACACACAGAGCUGAAGACGGACGCGGGGAACCAGAGGACCCAGGCAGUGCUGCAGGCGGUGUCGGCCGUCCAAUCAGGCGGCACACCCACCUCAGGCUCCGCCCUGAGCGAGAGUGCCCUGACGGCAGCCUCCAGCCCCGUCCUCAGGAUCAUCAUCGACAACAUGUUCUACCCCGUCACCCUGGACGUGCUGCAGCAGAUCUUCUCCAAGUUUGGCACGGUGAUGAAGAUCAUCACGUUCACCAAGAACAACCAGUUCCAGGCCCUGCUGCAGUUCAGCGAGCCUGUUAACGCACAGCAGGCAAAGCUGGCUCUGGACGGCCAGAACAUCUACAACUCAUGCUGCACCCUGCGCAUCGACUUCUCCAAGCUGGUCAACCUGAACGUCAAGUACAACAACGACAAGUCCCGGGACUACACAAGACCAGACCUGCCUGCCGGGGACGGCCAGCCCGCCAUGGACCCCUCAGCCUUCACCAAGGACUCCAACUCCCUGCUCGGUAAGAUCCCAGGUGCCCUCAGCCCCCUGAACGCUGCCGCCGCCGCAGCCGCGGCCGCCGGCCGAGUGGCCCUGUCUGGACACUCCGGCUCCAGCGGAGUCUUGUUGGCCAGCAACCUGAACGAGGAGAUGAUCACGCCCCAAAGUCUCUUUACUCUCUUCGGCGUGUACGGGGACUGCCAGCGGGUCAAGAUCCUGUACAACAAGAAGGACAGCGCGCUCAUCCAGAUGGCCGACGCCAACCAGGCCCAGCUAGCCAUGAGCCACCUGAACGGUCAGAAGAUGUACGGUAAGGUGAUCCGGGUGGCCCUGUCCAAGCACCAGACAGUGGCCCUGCCCCGCGACGGCCUGGACGACCAGGGCCUCACCAAGGACUUCACCAACUCCCCCCUGCACCGCUUCAAAAAGCCCGGCUCCAAGAACUUCCAGAACAUCUUCCCCCCCUCCAUCACGCUCCACCUCUCCAACAUCCCUCAAGACGUGACGGAAGAGGACCUCCGGCUGCUCUUCUCCAACGCCGGCGGCACUGUGACAGCCUUCAAGUUUUUCCAGGACCACAAGAUGGCUCUCCUGCAGAUGUCUGCUGUGGAGGAGGCCAUCCAGGCCCUGAUCGACCUACACAACUACAACAUGGGAGGCAACCAGCACCUGAGGGUCUCCUUCUCCAAGUCCACCAUCUGAGUCCACACACACACACACUCACAUACACACACACGCACGCACGCACACACAUAAACACACACGUCUAAGAUAACCAGACCUGUCGACUGUUUCUGGAGCCUGAACACUUGGGACCACAGACGGAUUGGACCUUUCUCCCCCUCCCCUUUUUGAUAUUCUUAUUUUCGGCUAGCGUUUUGUAUGUUUUACCUGUCAUUCCUUCUCGAGAGAGCCAGAAACCUCGACUCAAAACGGAGUUGUGAUUUGAAAGCUGUAGUUGUAUUCCCC